CUGGUUGGUAAUCCCAUCUAACUGUUGCCCUUAAAUUAGCUGGUGCUCGAAUUGGUCCUUUACGUACCAUACCACUGGAAGCAUUUCCAGCAGCUGUGUCCUUUUUCUUAUAAUAUUGAGCAUAGUUAUUUAUACCCCUAUAAAUUUUAUCAUCUUCCUUUCCUUCAAGUUCCUAGAAAUAAUGGUAAUAUAUUAAACUUGAUUAUCUUUCAUUUGUCUUACUAUGUAUGUAAAUACCUCAUUUAUCUUUUGAGCCUUCUCAAAUAUAGCUUGAGCAUCUUUGUCCUUUUCAGUUUCUGUUUCUAAAAUUGCUGUUGCUCCUUGAUCGCUUGGCCCAGCUGGCAUAGGGGUUCGUGUACUUUUGUAUGAAACUGUGAUGCUUUCAUCUUCACUAGUAUCAUUGUCAAUAUCUUUUUCUUGAUCUUUCAACCUUUUUGUGUUAGUCUGUAAAAGACUGUAUUUACAAAACUUUUCACGUUCACUAACAUAUGAAUGUUUCUUCAGUACAAAUGAUACCAUAUUGUUUGUCAACACAUGUAUCUGUUGAUGUAUUAAAAUUUCUGUAACUUACACUUUGUUUCAUAGGAUUGUUACCAUCGUGUUUCCUCUCCUUUUUAACCACUGUAGUUUCAUCCUCGCUACUGUCUAAAUAUAAAAUAUGUAUUAAAUUUUAUAAGUAACAGGUAUAACCUAAACAGGUUACUAAUCAAAUUUAUCUAAUGAAAUUAUAGUCUAUUUAAGUAAGAGCGAAACAUUGCGAAUUCCAUGUGUGUAAUUACCGUCUUCAUCACUUCCUCCUUUACGUUUUCGAGCUGCAGUGCUUCGAAUCUUUCUUCUUUUAAAUAAAAACGUACAAUUUUUCUUGUCCGUUUUGGAUUCUGCGUCUUCCAUACUUGUUUUGUAAACAACCCGACCCUAACGCUUUUAUAACCGAAGAUUUAAAAUUUCUCGAUUAUUUUAGAAUUUCUGAGAUUAUACGUUUCAGUUUUCUAUUCAUUCAACCAAUACUGAGACUAAUUAAGUGGAUUAUAUCUUCAAGCAAAAACGUUUUCAAGGAGGAGAACAGUAUGAAUAAGAAAAAGAAUAUGGCCAUUGACUUUCAAGAUAAUAUGAUAUUGUUGACAAGGAAGUAUUUAAAACGUAAAAUCAUGUGUCCAGAAACAAAGUUUAGACAUCAUGUGAAAGAGCGUAUGCAUGUUUUGGAAUUAUUGAAACGAACAGUUGACAUGGGAGAAAGUAAUUCUGCUUUGUUAAUUGGUCCUAGAGGCAGUGGAAAGACAACAUUAAUUAAUAGUGUUCUAAAAGAAUUAUCAUCGAUAAAAAGUUUCAAAGAUAAUGCCUUGAUAGUAAACCUUCAUGGCCUUGUUCAUACUGAUGACCGUUUAGCACUGAAAGAUGCAACUCGUCAAAUGCAAUUAGAAAAUGUGGUAGGGGACAAAGUUUUUGGUACAUUCGCUGAGAAUUUGGCUUUUUUGCUUGACUGCUUAAAAUCAGGAGAUAAGAAACGUUCAAAACCAGUUAUUUUUAUAUUGGAUGAGUUUGAUUUAUUUUGUGAACAUCAUAAUCAGACUUUACUCUAUAAUCUAUUCGAUAUUGCUCAAUCUGCUCAAGCUCCGAUAUGUGUAAUAGGAAUGACUUGUAGAUUAGAUGUUAUAGAACUUCUAGAAAAAAGGGUAAAAUCAAGAUUUUCUCAUCGCCAGAUAUUUUUGUUCCCUGGUGAUACAUCAUCUUCUGAGCAGCCAACAUCUGCUUUUGAUGAUCGUUUAGAACUCUUCCAACAUCUUCUUAGUCUUCCAGAUGAUGAGAAUGUAAAUAGGAUAGAACAACAGUAUGAUGAUUGUACAAUAGAUCCACAAUUUGGCUCUAUGUGGAAUGAUUAUAUAAAAAGUUUAGUCACUAAUGCAACUAUGGUCAAUCUGUUAAAGAGGAUGUAUCAGAUGGAUACAAGUGAAAGAAGUUUCAGAAAUUUUCUGGCAGUUGCUGUGUCAACAUUGUCAGAGAAACAUCAGAGAUUGGAAGUAAACGAUUUUGUAGAAGCUAGUAAAAUAUUUUCUCAAGAUGAUAAAGUCCUGAUGCUCGAGGGAUUGUCUGUUUUAGAAAUAUGUUUAAUAAUAGCAAUGAAACAUGAAACAGAAAUUUAUGAUGGGGAACCAUUGAAUUUUGAGGCAGUAUAUAAUCGUUACAUUAAAUUUGUCAAUCAGAAUUCAUCCAUACAAAGUGUGCAAAGGCCUGUUAUCAUGAAAGCUUUUGAGCACAUUAAGAACUUGGAAAUCAUAAUACCGGUGAGCGGUAUACAUUCAAAAGUUGAAAAAGAAUAUCAGUAUUAUAAAUUUUUACUGACGUCACAGCAAGUUAUGGAAGCUAUAAAAAAUUAUCCUGGGAUACCAACAGAAGUCUCUCAAUGGGCUUUGAGCAGCGUAUAAUAACGACAAUUUAUGCAUGAAAUUACAGAGAUCAUUGAUAGUUGCAUGACUAAUGCAUCAGUCAUCUGUAAUUUUAGCAAAGUAUUUUACUAGCAAUCAUUAGAUACUUUUCAUCAAUUUUUUAUGGAAAGUAUCAGUGCUAGAAAGUAGCAAAAAGUUUUAUUCCAUAUUGAAAAUUCGUUUUGCUACAACUAUUUAUUAGAGAAGGCGGAAUUCAGUUUCCUAUGUUGUAUUUUGUACAAAUGUUUUAGUGUGCGUGUUUACUUCAACGGUAUAUGUUUUUACAUGUACUGAAACUACUAGUUAAGCAUUGGAGUAAUGUCAACUAUUUUCUAAAAGUUACUAUACCUAUUAUGUAACAUGUUUUUACAGACAAUAUCAUCGUUUGCAUUUACUAUACACGUCUUAUCAUGAACUUGUAAAUAGAUUUAAUGUUCAAGAGUAUCGUAUAAGAUAGAUGAAAUUUAUUUUGUGAUUAUCUAUCGAUACUAUCAUUGAAGAUUAAUUAUUGCUAAUGACAGCAUGAUAAAACGUCCAACAUUACGUCCAUAAUAACUAUAAAAGACAAAGUACUAUUCACAGAAUUAUUUUAUUUGAAACAGAACUAUAAUAAAGGUAACUUCCUUACGUGUGCCAUGCUGUUAAACACUCUUUUAAUAUAUAAAUAUUGUAUAACAUGUAUUUACUGUGUCUGUGAUCUCUGAACAGAUUUGCUCUCUUUUAUUCUGGUGUGUGUAACUAUUAUGUACGUAAUUGCAUAAGAUUUUGAUUAUUUAUCGAAGAAUGUGUGUAUACACUGUACGUGUUUCAGUAAUGUGUGAAAGCAGCGUUAGAACGUGUAUGUGAAUACAUUUAUACGUUUCUAAUAAAUUUACAUUCGAUAAAUUGUUAGAAGGCGUUUGAAAAUAUCAAUUCAUCCAAGCAAAAUGUGGUUUGUUCUGACCAGUUACUGUUGUAUCUGUAACUGUAUUAGACUGACGUGUCUUUGAUGAUAUUUUCCCAAGGGGCAAUUGUUUACCCGCUUUUAAACGAUUUUUGCGAUUAUAUUUUUCAAU